GCGCGGCAGGCCCUGCCGGUUCUGGGCCAGGCGCUGGCCGGCGCCACGGAGACGGCCGCGCGGGCCGGGCUGCAGGUGGGCAGCGUGGGCCUCAGAGCCGUGGCCGACAUGCUGCCGGAGGUGGGCCGGGCCACGGCGUCCCUGGCGGAGAGGGCGCUGCCUUCGGUUCAGCAGGGCCUGGCCGCGGCGGGGAAGAGCACGAAGAGCUUCGCGGAGACGCAGCUGAGCGGGUACCAGAUGCCCGAGAACGCCGCGCAGCCCGUCAAGGAACUGGUGAAGGACGUGCCGCUCGUCGUGGAAGGCGUCGGCUCCGCCCUCGAGUUCGCGGCCGAGAGGGCGCCGGCGGCCGAGAGCUUCCUCGAGUACGUGGCCGGCAAGGCCCUGCCCCUCGCGGAGGCCGUGCUGGGCGUGGGCGCCGAGGUCGCCCAGGACGCGUCGAAGGCCAAGAUCGACAUGCCGAUGCCGACCCUGGAGCAGAUCGACGGCGCGCUCAAGGCCGUGGGCCUGGACGUGGGCAAGAUCUCCGCCGACGCGGCGAAGGCCGCUGGCGCGGCGUCGGCCGAGGCGGCGGCCCAGGUGCAGGCCGAGAUCGCCAAGAAGUUGCCGCAGAUGCCGCAGGCCGCGGCACCCGCCAAGCUGGCCGCGCAGGCCGCGCCGGCAGCGCCGGCAGCGCCCGCCACGCCCGUGUCGUGA